AUGGAUUGUAUCGCUCUGGUUUUGUCGGCGGCGGUCGAGAAGAUCUUGCGAGCUAUUUACGAGGACUUUCAGCUAUUGGAGCUGGAUACGCAAGGCGCAUGUAGUUAUACUGCUUUGCUGGUGACGACCGAUGCUGGACUGCAGACGCGAAAAAUCAUUCAGGCGCGGGAGUCACGGUUCUCUUUGAACUUGGACAUUACGGACGAGGCCACGCGAGUCUACGGACAUCUCGCACCAGCCACCAGGCUGCUUGCUACGAUGCCACUGACAACCGAAGAAGGAGAACAAACGUUUUUCUUUUACGAGCUGGAUCUGGUCCCUGGAGUGCCCUUUUCCGACCUUGUACCUCGAAGAAAAACCACGGACGACGAGACCAUGGUGCAACAACGAAUACUUGUGGGUCAUCUAGCACGUUUUUUUGCACGAGGCUGGCACCACAAGUCAAACAGGUCUUAUUGCAGCGGCAGGGUAGGCUCGCAACUUCAGUUCAAGCUGGAUCAGCUUUCAAGCCAGUUGCCAUCGGAGGCCUUAAGAGCGGUGGCGAGAUGGGCAUCGGACUCCCUUCCACUGCUGGAGACGUUACCUGUGGUUCUGACCCACGGUGACGUUGUACCCAGCAACAUCAUGGUCCAUCCUGACACAGGAGUGCUUCAGGGCAUGGUGGACUGGGCAGAAGCGGAAUUUCUGCCCUUCGGUAUGGCCUUCUACGGCCUGGAGUAUCUUCUGGGCUUUGAUUGCAAACGUCGUGACUCGAUGACUGAUUCAGUGGUGAGCUUUACGUACUACGAUGGCGCUCCCACGCUUCGCUUGCACUUCUGGUCGACACUCCUGGCUAAAAUCCCAGAGCUACAGAUCAAGCCGGAGCUGCUCAAGGCGGUCCACAUUGCCAAAGUUAUCGGGACACUGCUGUGGUUUGGUUUUGCGUGGGAUGGCGGCGCCAUCGAUCGCGUCGUCAGCAGGGACCGUGACGCUGACACGCUGGCGCACCUCGAGGCUUUUUUGUUCGCGGAGAUUGACGCGUGGGGACAGCGAGCUCGCCAUGGCUCGUCUGGGUCUCCAGACAGCUCCGCCCUGGCCGACAGUGGGUAUCAGCAUCGUACGGAAUCUGCUCUCGAUCCAAGCAGGUGAGGAGAGCUGCUGGUUGGCGACAUUGGCAACUCUGCCAUGAAUCUUCCGCGGAGAGACGAGGAGACUAUGGUUAUUCCCCUCAUUGGAACGCACCUUCCCUCAGGCUUAUGGGUAAAUCUGCGCUUCGUGUAGCUUGCCGUGCGCGGCGAAGGGUGAGGACGAGCCGUGCCCCUGUC